AGUGUGCGCAGAAUGGUGUGCAGAGAUGCGCCAACACUCACUCACCCACUCACCCUCCCCUCCGUGGACAUGAAGGCGUUUUAAUGUGCUCGUGAAGGGUUUGCGUGGGGGAGGGGACCCCUGCGCAUCACUGAGUGUGUGUGGAUGGCGUGGGCUUCUCUCCUCCUGAAGCGCGCAGCAUCAUCAUCAUCAUCACCGCCGCCCGGCUCAACAGCAACAGCAUCACCAUCCUCAUCCUCCUCCUUCAUCCUCAUCAUCACCACCAUCAGCUGAAGAGGGGACGCUCGCAUCGCAGGGUCUCGAGACAUAAGAAGAGCCAGUUGUCAGUGAAGUGAGUUGGGAGUCUGAAGGCCUGGCGCCUCAAGUGGCCUCUCAGAUAAACCUCUGACCUCCUUUUGCUUCUUCGGAACCUCUAUAAAAAUGGAGGACGGCUACCAAAACCGGACUGCCUUCAUAAAAGGUGCCAAAGACAUUGCCAAAGAAGUCAAGCGGCAAGCCAGCAAGAAGGUGGGCCGCUCGGUGGACCGCAUGAGCGACGAGUACAGCAAGCGUUCCUACAGCCGCUUCGAAGAGGAUGACGAUGAUGACUACCCCAUGCAGGGGAGCCAGGACGGAGGAUACUACCGUGGAGACAGCCAGGCGGCCAACGACGACGAGGGCGGCCACAGCGACUCCACCGAGGGCCACGACGAGGACGAUGAGAUCUACGAGGGCGAGUACCAGGGGAUUCCCAGGGCGGAUUCGGGCAAAGGUAGUCUGGCCGGAGGUCCAGGAUCGGUGAGGGCCGGAGCUCAGCAGUUCCGAGACGUCGGCGUGUCCGAGGCCGAGAGGAGGAAGGACCAGGAGGAGCUGGCUCAGCAGUAUGAGACCAUUUUGCAGGAGUGUGGUCACGGGAAGUUCCAGUGGACCCUGUACUUUGUGCUGGGGCUGGCGCUGAUGGCUGACGGCGUGGAGAUCUUCGUGGUCGGGUUUGUUCUCCCCAGCGCUGAGAAGGACAUGUGUCUGUCUGAACCCAACAAAAGCAUGCUAGGUCUGAUUGUGUAUUUUGGGAUGAUGGUCGGGGCUUUCCUCUGGGGCGCUCUGGCCGACCGGAUAGGACGUCGACAGUCUCUCCUCAUCUCUCUCUCUAUCAACAGCAUCUUCUCCUUCUUCUCGUCCUUCGUCCAGGGUUACAGCACCUUUCUGUUCUGCCGUCUGCUCUCGGGCGUUGGAAUCGGUGGCUCAAUCCCCAUUGUGUUCUCCUACUACUCUGAAUUUCUAUCCCAAGAGAAGCGCGGUGAACACCUCAGCUGGCUCUGCAUGUUCUGGAUGAUUGGGGGAAUAUACGCAUCCGCUAUGGCCUGGGCUAUAAUCCCACAUUAUGGAUGGAGUUUCCAGAUGGGCUCGGCGUAUCAGUUCCAUAGCUGGCGUGUGUUUGUUUUAGUCUGCGCAUUUCCUUCUGUUGCAGCCAUCGCUGCCCUCAACGCCAUGCCAGAGAGCCCACGCUUCUACUUAGAGAAUGGCAAACAUGACGAAGGCUGGAUGAUUCUGAAACAAGUUCACGACACGAACAUGCGAGCCAAAGGAUACCCAGAGAGGGUGUUUACGGUCACCACAAUCAAGACUGUGAAGCAGAUGGAUGAGCUGGUGGACACCGGCACCGACACUCCAGUCUGGCAACGCUACAGACUCAAGAUUAUGAGCCUCUCUCAACAGAUACGGAACAACAUUCUUGCCUGCUUCAGCCCAGAAUAUAAACGGACGACCUUCAUGCUCAUGGCUGUUUGGUUUACGAUGUCUUUCAGCUACUACGGUCUGACGGUGUGGUUCCCAGACAUGAUCAAGUACAUCCAGAAGCAGGAAUAUGAGUCUCGCACAAAGACCUUGACCAAGGAACAAGUGGGGCACGUCACCUUUAACUUCACCCUGGAAAACCAAGUGCAUCGCCAAGGGCACUUUUUCAAUGUCAAGUUCCUCAACCUGAAGAUGAAGUCCAUGGUGUUUGAGGACUCUGUGUUCGAGGAGUGCUACUUUGAGGACAUCACCUCCACACACACCUUCUUCAGAAACUGCACCUUCAUUGCAAGUUUGUUUUACAACACAGAUCUGUUCAAAUACAGGUUCGUCAACUGUAAACUGGUCAACAGCACGUUCCUCCACAACAAAGAAGGCUGCAUGCUGGACUUCAGCGACGACUUCAACAAUGCCUACAUGAUAUACUUCGUCAACUUUCUUGGCACGUUGGCAGUGUUGCCUGGCAACAUCGUGUCGGCUCUAUUGAUGGAUAAGAUCGGGCGUUUAAGGAUGCUGGCCGGAUCCAGUGUCAUAUCUUGCGUCAGCUGCUUCUUCCUGAUGUUCGGCAACAGCGAGUCGGGGAUGAUCGCCCUCCUGUGUCUGUUCGGAGGCAUCAGCAUCGCCUCGUGGAACGCCCUGGAUGUGAUCACAGUGGAGCUCUAUCCGUCGGAUAAAAGGACCACGGCGUUCGGCUUCCUGAACGCUCUCUGUAAACUGGCGGCCGUGUUGGGCAUCAGCAUCUUCCAGUCGUUUGUGGGCAUCACCAAGGCUGUGCCCAUCCUGUUCGCUGCCGGCGCCCUCGCUGCCGGCAGUUUCCUCGCAACAAAGCUGCCUGAAACAAGAGGCCAAGUGUUGCAGUAAAGCAGAUGACCAUUAGUGAGCAGCAGAGUACAGCUGGAGCCUGUGUUUGACAACUCGAGCCCGAACAUCCCCGAGAGCUUCAGCGCUGCCCGUCACACACCAACAGAGCUGACUGCCAUCCCCAUUGUAAGCCCAGAAUCCUUUGAAAUGUGGAUUUGCAUCAUUCAAAGUCUACACAGACACACAGCGAUAAUAAGAGAAGAGCACACAGAUGUAGAAAAACACAUUUGUAUCUUCAGAACACCUGAUGCAUCUUUAUUCCAUCUGCUCUGUACAAAAAAAUGUGAUCUUUUACAGAAGAGUUACAGGGUUCAAGUGGAAAUGUGCAGUUAGGAUAAAAUGCCCACAGUGACACAGAAAGGUUAAAUGAAGAGAUGGGACUGAAAAAAAGCCGUUUCUGGGGGAAUGAUUUGGUCCAUGUAUGUGGUCAGUUUUCAGAUCUGAUUGCAGUGUUUUUCUUUCACGUCUGUCCUCAACCUCAGUGGCUGGCUUACAGUGCUGCUGUUUGAUUUGCUGUUAAUGGUGCAGUUCAGUUUCCAUUCAGACGUGUUUGUCGAAAAGUUUUUUCUUUAAAAAGAUCUUACCGUGAAUUUCAAGAUGAAUAUUUUCUUUUAGAAACGCCCCUGACCCCUGACCACUGCCUCCGACUGAAGCCAGACCCGCUGAGCGCUGUUAUUCUCUACCAAAUACUGUUCAAACAUUCCACAGAGGCUGGAUUUAUUCAGAAACAAAGAAGUCUCGUUGCUUUUGUCCCUGAAUAACUCCGGUCUUCUUCUAUGUACGGUCUCAGAAGACACAGCAGGCAGACAGGUCAAGAUGCAUUUCACAGGAUUCUCUGUUGUAAAUGGGAACAGUUUGAUCCAGUUCCUCAGUGUUCUACUAAUGUUCUCCCUCCCAGUGUGAUGAUGAGUGCAACGCAGGGAUGUCUGUGGGACGGAUUUUGGUCAAGAUGUGAGAGCAGAUGGUAAUGUGUAAUAUUUGCCUAAAUUAGCCGUGUGCGUGUGUGCGUGUGUGCGUGAGUCUUAUUGCAUGUGUGAGGAAGAGAGUGUGUCUGAUUUAUUUGUUUAAACCCCAUCAUUUGGUGCAAAUGAAUGCAGCCACGUGGACCAUCUUUUUCAAUCGUUUAUCCAACAGCAGAAUGUAAAAAAAACAGCAGAGGCACAUAUUUUUAUGAUAGUUUCAAUGCAGUAGCUCAGGGGUGGUAAUAUAUCAUUCAUAUUCUACCUACAGGACGGUCCAGCUUCAUAUCAUGUCUACAUUAAUCGGCUUUGAAUCUGCAGUGCGGAACUUUUGUCUCCCCCCUCUGGCAGUGAGAGUAAUUACACAAACACUGUUUACGUCUGCUUGUGAUUUAAUUGUAGAGUUUCUGAGUUUCUCCACCAUAAUCCUAAUUGCUGUGGCCAUAUUUAGCUUUGGCAAACCAAUCAUUGCUGGUUAAAAUGCAAUGCUACGCUGCAGAAACCAGAUUUAAAACUUUGGUAUACUGCAAAACAUUUAGAGAUUUAUCGGCCGCUUUUGGGUUUAAUCAGCAUUUUCUGAACUUUUUGGGAAGACCUUGAAUACAACAGAUGUUAAUUUAUGUGUAAAAGUCCCACACUGCAGCUUUAAUAUUAAAACAAAAAACAAAAAGGUCAGUGUAGUUAGGUCAAGGUCCACCUACUAACUAGUGGAGUUUGCUCAGGUGUCAGCUUCUGAAAAUGCCAGUAAGUGGAUCUUGACUUAGCAGUCAAGCAGUUGUUUGGUUGCUAUUUUCUCAUGAGUUCAUUAUGUUCAUAAGCGCAAAUCAAAUGGGACCAAAAGAAGAAGAAAAAACACAAAUAUUUGACCAGGCAGCAUGGCACAAAAGUCCAAUUUUUAUGUUAAGGGCUCCAGUUCCGUCAUCCUUUCUCGCCAGACAGAGUGAAAAUGUCACUGUGCUUCUGCUCUGUGGUCUUUAAUGGUACCUACUUAAUGCUGUUGAUCUAAAUUGAACAGAAUCCCUCACUUAAGGGAAGCUGAUCACGUACAGUAUCAUCAUCUAUACGUAUCGCUGUACUUCAGUAUCAUUUUUCCAAAGGUGUACAUCAAUAUGUGUGCUGACAAUCAGUGAGCGAGUACGUGAGAGUUUGAUGUUUGACCUAAAAACGUCCUCUGGAUCGUGCGUGUGUGUGAACAUGUGUGUUUGCAUUGCUAUCGGCCUCCCUCCCAGAGUAUAUAAAUAUCCAGCUUAGCUUAGCAUAAAGACUCAAAGGUAGGGAAAACAGCUAGCCUGCCUCAGCUGUUGCCCCCUUUAUGCUAAGCUAAGCUAACCACCAGUUGACCGUAGCUUCGUAUUUAGCAUUUACAGGAAUCAGUCUCCUCAUUAAACACUUGACUGUUCUUCAGUGUUGUCAAAUCUCGAUUCUGAGGAUCAGAGGGCUGUGCUGUGAAGUGAGAUUAGCGGGUUAGCGAGGUAUGUUGAGCUUAAAGUCAGAGUUUUAAACGUCAAGAAGGUGGCUGUCUUUAAACCUGCUAGGUCUCCAUGGUAACUGAUGCUGCACCGCUAACCUGAGUUUGGGAUUUAAAUCAAGUGUCUCCCUUUGACCAUCUUUUCCUGACAAGUCUCCAUUAGCGAUACAGAAUCAUAGCAAGAAUACGGUAUAUAUCUGCACACCUAUUGAGCCUUACGUUGGUAUUACCGGUAAACAAAGCCGUGGAAUUACAGCAAACAGAAACUCUGUGCAUCAAGUUGCCAUGGGAACUCAAAAGCCUUUAUUCGAUGAUGAAGAAAAUGCAUAAAUGCUUGGUUUCACACUGCUGGUGUUGCAGCUAAUAGGACACUGAUCUAUCAGUAUAUACAAGAGAAUAUUCAAUUAAUAACAUUCAUUUCAGUUUGAUUUGGUCAAAAACUGAAGUGAUUUCCACGUGUCUUUCCUCGUGAGACCGCGUCAGAUCUAAAUGCACUUCUUCAGUAUCCUGUUUUAAUCUAUGAAGUUUAAGAGCUCUAAUGUGUAGCUGUGACAGAAGAAAUAAGCAGCUGCAUUGUAAGUACAGAAUGGGAAAAAUCAAUGUCUUACAAUGUUUUCUCCAGAACAACCUUUUCAUCUCCACUGAAGUGGGUGGCACACGAUGAGUCUAUUUUGUGCAGAAGAGUCAAAUAACAAAAACACCACCUUAUUAUGGAAGCACACAGAGAGUCUAGUAAAGCAAACCUCAGCAAACAAGACUGUUGUGACCCCCCUUAUCGUUGAUUGUGGUUUAAGUUUUGUUGCGCUAGGGAACUCUCAGAAAGCCCGACUUUGUUAAACUUGCUUCGUAGCACAUCCCUCAGAACUUUGUGUAUUCAAUGAACAGAUUUGUCUCGUCUUGUUCAUGUUGGAAGAACUGUUUGGAUGAGUUGUUUGAGUGUGUGUGUGCGCAUAUGCUGACUAAAUCGUCCGUCACAUAUUUUUCUACUCUUUUCUGUUGCGAUGUUUUCAUCCCUGCGAUGAACACAGCUCAGUUGGGGACCACGGAUUAUAUUUACACUAAAAAGAGGAGAAGAAACCUAACGCAAUAUAUGCAGUGUAGAAUUUAUUGUGUUUUUCUUCAUAACAGACUUGGGUGCUCUUUUGCUGAUACAGUUCAGUCUUUAGAAACGAACCCCAUUCUCAGAGGUAACGUACGGUCUGCUCCUCCGCUUCGAAAAUGGAUCGCAUCCUAAAUUCACAGAAACAAUUACACCCCCCUAAAAAUUCUGUAUUCAACCAAUCGUGACGCAUGUUUGUAUCGUAUUGUCUGACUUCUUGGACGUCCUGUAUGCCAGCUGUUUUGUCCAAAAGCAAGAACUAGUGUUUUCAUUGUUGUAUGAUGACAUAGAUUUGUUGCUUGCAGUGAUUGUUCUUAAUCAAAGUGGGUUUAAAAAUUGGUGAAACUUGAGUAUGUGUUCUGAAAGUAAGUUAGUGGUGACUGUGCUCCUUGUUUACCUUGGACCCAGGUAACUUUUUAUUUUUUUUUUCAUAUAAAUAUAUAUAUAUAAAUUUAUAUAUAUAGAUAAUUGCCUGACUUUCUGAGGAGGAUGCUUGUAAUCAUGCAAUUCUUCUUGUCGCAGAAGUGCAAGAUAGUUAUGCCCGGAAAUGGGCAAUACGCUUAAGUGAAAGGAGGAAAAAUGUGCAUAAAUGAUGUAGAAAAAGUACAAUUUGACAUGAACUCGUAUGUUCACAUGGGUCCGUGUAAAAGGGAGAAGUUUGAGCAAUAAAGUGGAGGCUUUCCCCAAAUCUAAGGAAACAAGAAGUCAAAGGGACUGCGGUUUUAUCAACUCACCAAAAGAGCGCCCUCUGUCAAAUUGAAGCGCCUGUCCAAAAUGUAAAAGUUUACUAUUUAAUGUUACUAUGUGUAGAAUUUUCAUUCUAUAUAUAUAUAUGAAUAUAUACAUGUAUAAACUACCAAAAGGGUUGCAGGUUUGAGUUUUAUCUAUGGCAGUGAUAUGGGAUGUUGGCCAAAUGAACAAAGCGAACACCAGCCUGAAGAUGGCGGUCUGUCAAAGGUGUGGAGGACUUUUUUAUGGCAUGCUUUCUGUCUACUCAAAUCUUAAGAGCACACAGAUCAGUCCUGAAUGAAUCCUGAAAAAAAAAAAAGAAAACACGGACCGAACCAUGCCAGAAAACGACUCCUUCAUCCGCAAAGAACUGCACGAAUCCUUCACUGUUAGUUGGGACCGAAGGAGUUUCCGUUUGUGUUCUCUUUAGUUUGACUCUGACCUGUUUAUUAACUGAUACAAGUUCUACUCUAAAUGUGAGUUCAAUUCAAAAUUCAAUGUACUGUGUGUAGAAACUGUAGAUGUUUGUACGUGCAAAUAUUUGGAAUUUGUGGAACAAAAGAUUCAAGGAAAACUAUUCCAAAAAAAAAAAAGUUCAAUAUGACACAAAAAUCUAUUGUGUGUUGUCUUUGUGUUUUGUAAAUGAAGACUGAAAAUCUUGGUACAUUCAGUAUUUAUUACUUCUGGAUAUUGAGAAUAUUUUAGUGAUGCUGAAAAGGUGCUGUAUUUAUUUUAUGUGAGAGUUGUUCAUUAUGCUGGAGUUUGCACUUUUGUGCCAUUUAUCCAGUUCUAUGAAGAAAUGAUAAAUCAUAAUGGAAAUAAAACUUGAAGAAAGAAAAGAAAAUGUCAUGGACUGCA